AAAAAAAAAAAUAAGCGAAACGGAAGGCUGCGCGAGCUCUCUCUACCAAACUUGACUCAAUGUUCAAACUCGAGGUUUUAUCAGCUGUGUGGAAUACAUUCAAGACGGAGGGCGGGUAAUAUUCACAGCACUUUCGACUUCAGGCUGCUUCUUAUAGGACGAAAGGCUUCUGGGCUUACUUGUAUAGUCUUAAAAAGUAAACAGCGGUAUUCUCAUAACGACAGAAUAGCAGACCGCUCUUUAGUAAGCACACUUUCUGCCGCGGUGGGUUUCUGUGUUGUAGUCAGCGCUCAGCGUCGCGUGGAAUCCAGAUUAACGUUACAUAUGAUCCGAUAAGAGCUCGCGACGCGCUCGAGUCUACACGCGGAUGAGACGUUGUUGCGAAUCCCAUCCGGUCUGUAAAACAAACUGAACUGCCGGCUCGUUUAUGUUAACUGUUACUUUGUUGAGGGGGCGAACCGGUCUCGGCUGCUCUCCCUUUGUUUGGGCCAAGAACUUGGCUGAAUCCACUGGAGUUCCGUUUCAAACGUCUCAUUCGACCUCGAACGCUACAUCAGGAUGGCUCCACAAAAGCACGGAUCUGGUGGAAACGGUUUUUACGCCAACAGCGCGAGUAAAGCAGCUAAUGGUGGAGCUCACGUAUCGUCCGGUGUUGUGAUGUCUUCAGUCAAGCGACCCAAGAUGGAGCAGGUCCAAGCCGACCACGAACUCUUCCUGCAAGCCUUCGAGAAACCAACUCAAAUAUACCGAUUUCUUCGCACAAGGAAUCUCAUAGCACCAAUCUUCCUGCACAGAUCUCUUACAUAUAUGGCACACAGAAAUUCAAGAACAAAUUCAAAAAGAAAAUACUUUAGUGUGAACGACCUGCUAUUCAAAGUAGAAAAGUCGAAAGUGGAUCAGGAAUCUCACAACAUGGCGUCAAACCUGCAGCUCACUUUUACUGGAUUCUUUCAUAAAACUGAGAAGCCAUUGCAGAACUCAGAGAAUGAAGAAAACUCAGUGUCUGUGGAAGUGCUGCUUGUUAAGAUCUGCCACAAGAAGAGAAAGGAUGUAAGUUGUCCAGUAAAGCAAGUGCCUACAGGGAAAAAGCAGGUGCCUCUGAACCCAGACGGCAGCCAGACCAAGCUGGGAGCUUUUCCCACACUGAUGGUGUCCAGCCAUGAGUUUGAACCCAGUAACAGCCACAUGGUGAAGUCCUACUCCCUUCUGUUCAGAGUGUCUCGUCCGGGGAGGAGAGAGCUCAAUGGCAUGACCACCAGAGAUACCAAUGUUAUGGAAGAGCUGUCUAACAAGAAGAAGAGAUACUGCUCUAAUCAGGAUGACGGAGAAACUACAUUUGUGGCACAAAUGACAGUUUUUGAUAAAAAUAGACGCCUACAACUUUUGGAUGGUGAGUAUGAAGUCUCCAUGCAGGAAAUGGAGGAGAGUCCUGUAGGCAAGAAACGGGCAACGUGGGAAACCAUACUAGAUGGGAAGUGGCUUCCACCCUUCGAGACCUUUUCUCAGGGACCCACACUGCAGUUCACUUUGCGAUGGACUAAUGACACGGCUGACAGAGGAACAGCCACAGUGGCCAAACCUCUUGCCACACGCAAUUCUGAAUCCAGCUCAGUAGACGGCAGCAAGCCUAGCAAUGUAAAGCCUCCACAGGCAGUAGCUGUUAAUGAUUCAGUUGGUGCUGAUCUACCAAUCAGAAUAGAACAAACUCAUGUUGAACCUCGUCAGAAACUACGUGUUUAUUAUCAGUUCCUAUACAACAAUAACACACGUCAGCAGACGGAGGCCAGAGAUGACCUGCACUGUCCCUGGUGCACGUUGAACUGCCGUAAGCUCUACAGUCUCCUCAAGCACCUCAAGCUCUCGCACAGCCGCUUCAUCUUCAUCUAUGUGCCUCAUCCUAAAGGAGCCAGGAUAGAUGUGUCGAUUAAUGAAUGCUAUGACGGCUCUUACGUGGGCAACCCUCAGGACAUCCACUGCCAGCCCGGCUUUGCCUUCAGCCGUAACGGCCCAGUGAAGAGGACUCCAGUUACACACUUCCUAGUUUGCAGGCCCAAGCACUCAAAGCCCAGCCUCUCAGAGUUCCUGGAGUUAGAGGAUGCAGAACAGGAGCAGCAGCGGACGUACAUCAGCGGCCACAACCGCCUGUACUUCCACAGCGACAGCUGCGUGCCGCUUAGACCACAGGAAAUGGAGGUGGACAGUGAGGACGAGAGGGAUCCGGCAUGGCUCAGGGAGAAAACCGUCAUGCAAAUUGAUGAAUUCAUGGAUGUCAAUGAGGGAGAGAAAGAGGUCAUGAAACUGUGGAACCUGCAUGUAAUGAAACAUGGAUUCAUAGCUGAUGACCAAAUGAAUCAGGCCUGCAUGUUGUUUGUGGAACAUCAUGGCACCACCAUAAUUGAGAAGAAUCUGUGCCGGAACGUUCUGCUCCAUCUGGUCAGCAUGCACGACUUUGGCCUGGUAAAUACAGUGAACAUAGAUAAGGCCAUGGCUCACCUGAGAGAUCUGAAACAGCAAAAAGAUGGCCAAGAGCAAUCCAAAACGCAAGACAAUGCUGAUGGUGGAUCCAGAGGUGAUGGUGAAGCCAGUGUAUCAAAUUUCAACAAGACCCAGAAUCAAUGAAACUCCUCCUCACACUCUGCAUUGAAUUGAGUGUCAGCGGGCGUCAGGCGUCCCCUGGAUCUGAGUGCCACCAUAUUCUGCCUGCACCAGGGUAAAUGUUGAUGUCAAGUUAGAAGCGAGUUAUGUGGUUUGACGGCCACAUACUAAUUUUGGCCUGAUGUCAUCUGAGUUCAGAGCAACUCUUUACUAGAUUCAAAUUACUUGAAGAUGCCAUUAGUCUUUAUGAUGGACUGUACAAGCAGGUCAGAUUUUUCUCAACCCACAUUACCCUGUAGCUCUAGCUAAUUUUUAGCACUUGUUUUAGGUGCCUGUUUUUAAACGGACCAUGAGAAGAUUUUUUAAUAUAUUUUGAAAAAU